AUGGAUGGUGGAUUGCCGUAUGCCUUAAUGGACAUUUUGGCGAAUUGCCGUUUUUUCGGCGCAUCACUCUUUUAUAACGCGGUUUGCCUCACCACCGAUUUCAUCUAUCAGCAGCCGUCAAUGCUAACGUCGCUGCAAGAGAAGGGUCUCACGGAUGCAGUCAUGAAAGCCAUCUUCCAGCACGAGCUUCCUACAUCGCGAGAUGUGAUCGCUACGCUGCCCAACACUUUCACAGCUCUGUGCUUGAAUGAACGCGGAUUGGAGGCAUUUUCGAAGGCGAAUCCGUUUGAACAUUUCUGCAACGUCUUCUUGUCGACGAAAUAUAUUUACGCGAUGAAAGGCCGUCGCGCGGAAAUGAGUAUGUAUUUUUUAAUUUAG